AUGCAUCACGCCAAGACCGACUCGGAGGUGACCUCGAGCAUGGCGCCGUCGUCGCCGCCGCGGGCGGCCUACUACGUGCAGUCGCCCAGCCACGACGACGGCGACGGCAAGACGGCCGCCUCCUCCUUCCACUCCUCCCCGGCCGCCUCCCCGCCGCGCUCCCUCGGCAACCACUCCAGGGACUCCUCCUCCUCCCGCUUCUCCGGCAAGCUCGCCUCCGCCGCCACCGGCUCCUCCCGCCGCGCCGCCAAAGGCGCAGGCGCGGGCGGGGGCGACGCGGCGCGGCGCAGCCCAUGGAUGAAGGAGGCGGCCAUCGAGGAGGAGGGGCUCCUCAUGGACGACGACGACGACGACGACGGGCGCAAGGGCGGAUUCUCCGCGCUGCCCAAGAAGGUCCGCUACGGCCUUGGCUUCGUCGCCGCCUUCUUCCUGCUCUUCUUCUUCUUCGCACUCAUCCUCUGGGGCGCCAGCCGCAACCAGAAGCCAGUCGUCUCCGUCAACAGCGUCACCUUCCACAACUUCGUGAUCCAGGCCGGCACGGACGCGUCGCUGGUGCCCACCGAGCUCUCCACGCUCAACGCCACCGUCAGGCUCACCUUCCGCAACACCGGCACAUUCUUCGGCGUGCACGUCACCGCGCAGCCAGUCACCUUCUACUACUCCCAGCUCCUCAUGGCCGCAGGAGACCUCAAGUACUUCUACCAGCAGAGGAAGAGCAAGCGCAACGUGUCGGUGGCGGUGAUGGCCAGCAGGGUGCCGCUCUACGGCGGCGGCUCAGGGCUGAGCAGCACCCCGGGGCCCAAGGGCGCGCCGCCGCCGCCGGUGCCGCUGGAGCUGACGGUGAGGAUCAGGUCCCGGGCGCUGGUGCUGGGCAAGCUGGUGAAGCCCACGUUCCACAACAACGUGCGGUGCAGCGUCCGCCUGGAGGUGGCAAAGCUCGGCAAGGCCCUCUCCCUCAAGAAGAACUGCACCCACAUCUAGCUACCCCUGUCUGAACUUUCGGCGCUGCCAUUUCUUCUUUCUUCUUUUGUUCUUGCUGCAUAUGUAAUGUAAUACCCUUUAUACCUGGAUUUACCAUUUUGAAGAGAGAGUCGACAGAUCGGUUGCGCAUGUACA